ACGUUUCGCGCCACAACACCUCUCCUCUCCUCCAGGACUCUUUAUAAUCCUCUGCCGAAGCGCUCCUUACCUAUCCGCCUCGAUCCAUCCACCCCGACUCUCACAAUGGCUAUUAACCCACAAGUUUCCAACCUGGUCAUCAUCCUUGGAUUUAUGCAAAUCUCAAAAAGGAUUCCCUUUGAUGACCCCAACGUACUCAACGGCGUGCGCGCACUCUACAUCGUCUCCAACCUGAUCAUCGCGGGUAUCUACCUAUACGUCCAGACGCAGAUCAACAAAAAGAAUGACAUGACGGUUGUCAAAUACGUCGAGCCUGCGCCAAUGGGAUCCGGCGAGGAACCCAAAUUCGUCGCUACAACUGUCAAGGCGUACGAUCUCGGCAAGCUGCGCGAGCUCUUCAAGGCCCAGGCCAUGGGUGUCGGCAUGAUGUGCGUUAUGCACCUUUACUUCAAAUACACCAACCCGCUCCUCAUCCAGUCCAUCAUCCCCCUCAAGGGCGCGUUCGAGGGAAACCUCGUCAAGAUUCAUUUGUUUGGUCAGCCGGCAACUGGUGACCUGGCGAGGCCAUGGAAGGCUGCUGGUGGCAUGAUGGGCAUGGGUGCUGGUGAGAUUAAGACGGAUAAGAAGAGCAUCGAGGCUGCUGAGCGCGCUGGACGCGGUGGUGUCAAGGAUGAGUAGGUUGGUUGCAUGAAUUUCGUAGUGCUAUGUGGUGUCUAGAUUAUUUAGAAGUCGCUACUGGCAUCUCGGACUGCAAAUUUCGGAAUCCCCCGGAUAGGAGCUACUGUUACUUUGUACAACACUCAUGAAAUUUUUCAGCCUACUGCUUGUUCUUUUUGAUCGCCUUUUA